UUUUUUUAGUCCAUUAAUCUUUAUUCCUAUCGAUGCCUUCUUCCCUCCCUAUCAAAAAAAUCCACAGUAACAGAGGCAUCGAUUACAAGUUGAGAAAGAAGGAAUGGCGUGUGGAAGCCUAUGCUUCCAAACCCUUUGCUCUCGGUUCCCCGUUUUCGUCUCCGCUUCCUCUACUUCAUCGCCGUCAUCUAGAAGAGCAUUACCCGGUGACUGGUGGGCGAAGGCACCUCUGAUACCGCCCCUGAACCCUAAAGAUCCUUUCCUUUCCAAGCUCGCCUCAGUAGCCACCACCUCUCCCGAAGCCCUAGAGUUAAAGCGGGCGGUAUUGGACACCCCGCCGUAUCUCGACCUCCUUGACAGCCCGAAGUUGAUGGCCACUCCAGCCCAGGUGGAGCGUUCUGUUAGCUACAAUGAGCACAGGCCAAGAAAACCUCCACCAGAUUUGCCAUCCUUGCUACUUCAUGGGCGAAUUGUCUAUAUUGGCAUGCCUCUGGUGCCUGCUGUAACGGAGCUGGUUAUUGCUGAACUGAUGUACCUGCAAUGGAUGGAUCCAAAGCAACCAAUCUAUCUUUACAUCAAUUCAACUGGAACUACACGUGAUGAUGGUGAAACUGUUGGAAUGGAGACUGAAGGUUUUGCUAUUUAUGAUGCUAUGAUGCAGCUGAAAAAUGAGAUUCAAACUGUAGCUGUUGGAGCUGCAAUAGGUCAGGCGUGCCUGCUUCUUGCUGCUGGAAAGAAAGGCAGACGGUUUAUGAUGCCUCAUGCCAAGGCCAUGAUUCAACAACCUCGUGCUCCAUCAUCUGGACAGAUGCCAGCAAGUGAUGUUAUUAUUCGCGCUAAAGAGGUUUUAACCAACAGAGAUACACUAGUCGAGCUACUGUCAAAACACACUGGAAAUUCAUUUGAAAAAGUAUCCAAGGCGAUGCAAAGGCCAUUUUAUAUGGAUGCCGUCAAGGCUCAAGAAUUUGGAGUCAUAGACAAGAUUCUAUGGCGUGGUCAAGAGAAGGUAAUGGACGACGCCGCCUCUCCGGAAGACUGGGAUCGACGAGCAGGAAUCAAGGUUGUAGAUGGCAUGUGACAACCGAGCGAAGAAGACAUAACUGCUCAAAAUAUCAGAGCUUGUACAGUACCAAAGGGAGAUUUGCAGAGCUACAUAGCUACAUUGUAAGACAAUUCCAACAACAAAAAAAACAGCUUUCUUUGAAAAUCCUUUUGAUGAAUCCUGGCUAUUGCUUUUGAAUUAUCUGCUUUAGUGAGGCUAUGGUUUUAGUUACACUUUUAGGUGUACUUUAUUGGUCAUGUGCUUGUCUUGGUUAUUUAGGUGAUCUUGAAUUUGAAAGUUGAUCUACAGGAUAAAAUUAUUAUGCAAUUUUGUGAUUUUUUUUAAUUAAAAGUUAUAUUUAAUUGGCUAUUAUGCAUUUGAUA